AUGUUCAUUGUGGGAUUCUCGUCUCGACCGGGUCGGGUGAAGGGUACCUAUCGCAAUUUGAAGGAGAGCGGGGAGUGUGUGAUUAAUACCGUCUCUGAGAACAUGAUUGAGGCCGUGAAUGCCACGUCGAUCGAUGCUCCCUAUGGUCUUUCUGAGUGGGAUGUAUCCGGUCUGCAUGAGGUGCCUGCGUCAACCGUCAAGCCCUCCCGUGUCAGGGAGCCUGUCUUCUCUGUUGAGGGGAAGGUAGUUGAUAUUAAGGAGUUCGAUGAUCACCGGCAGCCCGGCAUGCGUGUUACUGCUGUGGUCUUGAUCAAGGCAACCCGGUUCUGGGUCCAGGAGGGUGCUGCCGAUGCGGACUUCAGCCAUAUCGAAUUGGAUAAGUUGCGGCCUCUGUGUCAACUUGGUGGCAUAUCCUAUGGCCGUAUCACUUCUACGUUUGAGCAACCACGGAAGCGGUGGGAGGAUGAAGCUUCGAAAAGUGAAUUGUUGACGGAGCUGGAGAAGACGCAGCGAAGAGCUUGGGGAUGCGAAUUGUCCUUUGUAAAUAUGUGA